AUGGCUCCGGAUGAACAAAAGAUCAUCAACGAGCUCCAGGCCAACUGGAUCUGGGUCCCCAACUGGACCGACUCUUCGCAGGAGAACACGGCCGGCAAGAUCGUUAGUUUCGUACGAUCUCUUGAACUCUCGUCGCUCCCAAUGGAGUCAAUUCUACAUUUCUCAGCAGACACACGAUACAAAGUCUAUGUGAACGGAAAACGUCUUGCCGUUGGACCAACUCGCAGCAGUCCCUUGAUCUGGUACUACGAUACGCUGGAUAUUGCGCCCUACUUGAAGGAGGGACUGAACAUCAUCGAAUUUAAAGUCAUACGUUACUUUGCGGCUUUGAGGGCCGCUAUGCCUUUUCAACGGACCUCUCGACCUGGACUGACAGUCGUGGGAAACAUUGCGACAGAUCAGGAGUUUGUCAACCUUGCUUCUUCUGAGCAUUGGGUAGCAUAUGUGGAUGAACGCACUCAAUUCCCAAUGGGAUUGGCCGACGAUGUUUUCCUUCAUAUCAGCGAGCGGGCUGAUGAUUUAGCGGCUCCCAAGGGCCAUCACAUGAAACCGGUAGCUUACAAUACGAAAACGCUAAACGGCGAUAUUCCGCCCUGGAACUUGCGUCCGCGCUCUAUCCCCAUGCCCGAGUCGACCCCAGCUCUCAUGGAAACGGUCAAAGCAUGCGACAGUUCAAUCCAUGCCAUUGAUUGGACUGCCUUUUUUGUCGAGCAACGCCCUCUCACUCUCUCUGCGGAUUCAAAACAUACGAUUGAAGUACAAGCACAGGUACAUUCGACCGUAUUUCUGCGAUGGGAAUUCAGAGCGGCAUCCACUAGCUAUGUCGGACUCAAAGUGACAUAUUCGGAAGGAUAUGAGCUGGAGCCUCGUUCAUACCCGUUUUUCCGCUCCAAGGCCGACCGGCUAGAUGCAAGCUCCGGCCACAUUAUCGGACCAUUUGAUGAGGUGUCGCUUCUUCUCUUGAAGGAUGAAUCUGCCGUCUACGAGCCAUUCUGGUUCCGAACUUUUCGUCUUCUGAGGGUCGAGAUCACCGUAGGCGACGAGCCGGUCAAGCUGGUGUCCUUGGAUGCUACGCAGGUCAACUACCCGUUAAAUGCCAAAGCAAGCUGGAAGCAGCCUGAGGAUUUGUAUGCCGAGAAGAUCUGGGAGGUUUCGAUUCGAACAAUGCGGAACUGCAUGUUCGACGGUUACUCUGACUGCCCGUUCUACGAACAGCUACAGUAUUCUGGAGACACCCGCUCGGUCGGUCUAUUCCACUAUCUUCUCUCGGGCGACGAUCGCCUCAUGCGCCAAGCGAUGACAAACUUCGCUGCCUCCGUCACACCUUCUGGUCUCACGCAAUCUCGUUUCCCUUCACACGUAUCCCAGGUCAUUGCCGGUUUCUCACUGUACUGGAUUCUGCAGGUUUGCGACCACCAUUUGUACUUCGGGGACACCCUAUUUGCUCGAAGCUUUCUCCCACGCAUCGACGGAGUUCUUGACUUUUUCCAUACUCACACCGAUGAGCUGGGUCUGGUCAGCAGACUACCCCAGGAAGUGUGGCAAUAUGUCGACUGGGUGGCUACUUGGGGAGCUACUGACGAACACCCUGAUAAAGGGGUUCCAACUUCGGGACGUAAAUCCAACAGACACACCUACUUCAGCAUGCUCUACGCAUGGGUUCUGCAGAAAGUUGCUGGUUUAGUGCGUGAUGUCGGUCGACCGGGGCACGCAGCCGAGUAUGAAGCGCGAGCAGAAUCACUGCUGGUGGCUAUUCGGACCCAUUGCUACGACGGAGAAUUCUUCACCGAUUCCACAUCUGACUUAGCAGAUGAACUUUCGUACUCUCAGCAUUGCCAGGUCUUUGCUGUCAUUUGCGGCGCAGCUAAAGAGGAAGACUCUGUACGGAUCUUGACCGAAUCGUUCACGAACAACCGCUUUUCCAAGUGCUCCUACAUGAUGCGAUUCUACGCCUUUCGAGCCAUCGCCCUCGCUGGUAACGAUCUUUACGACAGAUUCUGGGAUGACAUGUGGGCUCCUUGGCGAGGGAUGCUGGCAAAAAAUCUUUCGACAUGGGAGGAAGACGACGUGAGACAACGGUCCGAUUGCCACGCUUGGGGAAGCGUUCCGAUUUACGAGUACUGCACAGAACUGGCGGGCGUUCAGCCGAUCUCACAUGGCUGCUCGAAGAUCUCCUGGAGACCUCGACUUCGAUUGACGGGAGAACUGUAUGCGAAAGUAAUGCUCGGGAAGGACAAUUCGGCGAACGUGUCGUGGUACACAACAUCUUGCGGCAGGAAGUCAGUGAAUCUCAGUCUUGCGAAGCCAGUCGAGGUUGUGAGUCGAAUGCCAGGUGGUAACGAAGAGGAACAUGGCGUCGUAGACCAGCUCUUUUUUAUUUGCGAGGGCUCCUAG